AUGAAAAUGUUUCUAUUCGAUUUAUUUUCUUCUGAAUUUUACUUUAAUUUAGAUGGAUCACAUUACAAGAAAAGCACACUUUAAGGAGUUGUGUUAUCAUUAGCAUCUAUAACUUUGGUAGUUUCUUAUUUCGCUUAUUUGUUAAAUUAAUAUUUAAACAACUUCAUUGAUCCGCUAUAUAAAUCAUAAAGUUUUAUAACUUCUGAUAGAAAAGAAAUAUAACUAACUGAUGAUCUUGUUGGAUUUUAAUUUUAAUACAACAACAGUUUAUCUAUUCAAUAGUAUGAAGUCUAACAAAACAAAACUUAUUUGGUUUACUAUCCUUUAUUUUACUAUCAAGACACUAUAAACAACAUAUAUUAAAUUAUUAAUUUGACUGUAAUUCAAUGCACUGCUCCAGAGUUAAAAGGUUAUAAUUGUAUUGACUUUUCACCAAUUAGAAAUUAUACUCUACUCCGCCACAAUUCUAAUGGUAUCAUGUCUUAGUUGCAAAUUAAUAUCUAUGGUUGUUUAGAUUUAGAUAGCUUUAAAACAACAACUCCAAGUAAUUGUGCUCCAUAAAAAGAUAUUGACGAUGUCAUAAAUGGAGGCUAGGCUGGGUUAAACAUUUAACUAAAAACACAACAAUAUAACACUAGUUCAAUGACUUAAAUGCAAGAGACUACUGUAAAAUAAGGUCUGAUUAUUUAAGGAUAGUAAUUUUCUUUGCAAACAGGUUUUGGACCAUACAAUCAAAUAACAAUUGUAUUGGAUGAAAUUGUAUAAUAAAUUCAAGUUUAAUAUGCUACAAUUACCUAAAUUUUAGCACUACAUGAUUUACCAAAGCUCAACUUCAAAGUUGAAUUAAAAACACAAGAAAAAGACUUUAAUAAGUGUCUAGGAAAUGCAAUUGCUUAAAAAUUGAGUAUUAUGAAAAACAGCGAGAUUAAAAAAGUUAUUUAAAGCACUAUUUUUAAAUUUUAAUUUUUCAAAUCCUAAGAAUUCUUACAAUCUAAAGGUGUUGAAAAAAAAUAAAUGGACAAAAUGCGUCAAGAGGUCUAACAAAAUCUUAAUAUAAAUGAGCUAUAUAAGGAUGUGAUAUUUUUAAAAAAAGCUAUGAGUAUGCUGCUCAGUUUAGAUUAAAUGGCAAGUAUUCAACUUGUAGGUUUGACUGAUAAUUUUAUGAAUCUAGAUUUAUAAAACAAAAAUUAAAAGAUAAGCUACGACUAGGAGAAAAAAAAACUGAACCAUUUUGAAAGACAGUACUCGAUAUUGCAAAGUGAAAAACUAUAAACCUAUUAUAUAGAGAGAUUCUUAAUCAAAUGUUAGGAAAAUUGUGAUUUGAGUGAAGUUGAUUAAAGAAUUUUUUCUUCAAUAACAAAAAAAAAUAAUUUAAUAAAUUAUUUUUGA